CAUCCUGUUGAAAUUUCAUCUAGAGUUGCAUGGGACAGAUGAACGCAUGACAGGCCGUUGCAUGGAGAGGGCAGUGAUACAGCAAUGUGCAGUGGGGAACUCUGAUGGCAGCUGUGAAGAGUGUGUCUACCCAUUGUACGUGUUUGAGAGCAUCUGCCUGAUGUCCUGUCUACCUCACUACUAUGAGUCAGAUGGAAACAGCACCCGCUCCCAUCGGAGGUGCUUACGCUGCCAUCGCAACUGCCACACUUGUUUUGGCAAACAGGACACAAACUGUCUGGACUGCCCUCCGUAUUCCACCUUGGAUUCUCGUCUUGGUACCUGUAGCCCCCCUGUCUACCCCUGGGACCACAGAGGUAAAGUGACCAGUGGCAUGGAGCGGACGGCAGCAGUUCUUGGUAUCUUGAUGGGAGGGCCGCUGGUGAUUUUGUGUGUCAUGUGGGCGAUUACAUGGAUGGUGAGCAGGGCGUUCCUACCAUGUGUCGCUGCCAGGAACGAAGUGGACAGCAGCACCAGUCAUAGCAGCAGUGAGGAGGCCAGGGAUGUGGAGAUGGUGGUCUUCAGUAUUACAGAAGACCAGGGAGAGAACAGCGAGAGAACAUCUACAUUCACCAACAUUCCCAAUACUUCACUUCAAGAGGAAUGUGACUCGCUUCAGUCAACAUAA